UCGGGAUUUUUCAGCCACACCAUUCCGAUCAGAAAAUGUCAUCGGCUCUUGAACCCCUCUUUGAGUAUGUUGAUAAACACCAGGAUCUCUACGUUGAGCGACUGGCCAAGUGGGUGGAAAUCCAGAGUGUAUCGGCAUGGCCAGAGAAGAGAGGAGAAAUCCGGCAGAUGAUGGAAGUUGCAGCCAAAGAUAUUGAACGUCUGGGUGGCACAACAGAGUUGAUAGACAUUGGAAAACAGAAGCUUCCGGAUGGUUCGGAGAUUCCUCUACCUCCAAUCAUUCUAGGCAAACUUGGUUCUGAUCCUCACAAGAAAACAGUUUGUGUUUAUGGACACCUGGAUGUACAGCCUGCAGCCCAAGAGGAUGGCUGGGAUAGCGAGCCUUUUACCCUGGUAGAAAGAGACGGGAAAUUGUAUGGCCGAGGGUCAACAGAUGACAAAGGUCCCGUGCUUGCCUGGCUGAAUGCCUUAGAAGCUUAUCAAGAAACUAAACAGGAAAUUCCGGUGAAUGUCAAGUUUUGUUUAGAAGGUAUGGAAGAAUCUGGCUCUGAAGGCCUGGAUGAGCUGAUAGUUGCACAAAAGGACACUUUCUUCAAAGAUGUUGACUUUGUUUGUAUCUCUGACAACUACUGGCUGGGCAAAAAGAAGCCCUGCAUUACCUAUGGCCUCCGAGGCAUCUGCUAUUAUUUCAUAGAGGUGGAAUGCAGUGACAGAGACCUUCACUCAGGAGUCUAUGGUGGCUCCGUGUACGAAGCUAUGACAGACUUGAUUGCCUUGAUGGGAUCGCUAGUGGAUAAGAAAGGAAAGAUCCUGAUUCCUGGCCUUUAUGACAUGGUGGCUCCCCUCACUGAAGAGGAGAAAAAGCUUUACGAUCAAAUUGACUUUGAUCUGAGGGAGUAUGCGAAAGAUGUAGGAGCCACACGACUGCUGCAUGAAACAAAGAAUGACAUCUUGAUGCAUAGGUGGCGAUACCCAUCCUUAUCCCUCCAUGGAAUAGAAGGAGCUUUCUCAGGAUCGGGCGCCAAAACUGUGAUUCCACGGAAAGUUACUGGCAAAUUUUCGAUAAGACUAGUGCCAGACAUGACUCCAGAAGUUGUGACCAAGCAGGUUCAGGAUUACUUGUCCAAAACGUUUGCUGAACUGCACAGCCCCAAUAAGUUCAAAGUCUAUCUGGGCCAUGGUGGAAAACCUUGGGUAUCGGAUUUUAACCAUCCUCACUACAUGGCUGGCAGAAGAGCCAUGAAAACAGUAUUUGGUGUGGAGCCAGACUUGACCAGAGAAGGAGGGAGCAUUCCUGUCACGCUAACCUUCCAAGAAGCAACAGGCAAGAACGUAAUGCUCCUGCCUGUUGGAUCUGCAGAUGAUGGAGCCCAUUCUCAGAAUGAGAAACUCAACAGGUACAACUAUAUUCAAGGGGUGAAACUGUUGGGUGCGUACCUGCACGAAGUUGCCCAGCUGAAGGACUGA